AUGGAUCGGCUAGUCGCCCUCUAUAAAGAUUGCUGGGAUUCAUGGCCUGGUUCUGCAAAAUGGUGCAUGAGAUUUACAUACGCGCAGAUUAUGAGUAGUUUGGCGGGGCACUUGUGCUUCGUGGUCGGUCCUAAGUUUGAGGCGACUACGAACCUGGCGGAGAUCGAAAUCUUCGGCAUUGCGCGUUAUGUCUUGGUGAUCCCACUGGGACUGUUGGUGCUCUACCACUUCUACGAAUCUGCGAAGCCAUCCCCGAACUAUACAGCCUUGACGAUGGCUCGGAUAUCAAUCUUUGAAUUUAGCAUGAAGAUAGUCUACUAUACCACGAUGGCGACAAAUGCUGGGCUAGUUCUGCAAAACGUGCGCUGCUAUGAUUUGCGGCCGAUAUACCUGGCCCGCUGGUAUGGAUGGACGUUUGCAAUCCCGACUUUGCUGUGUAUGAAUUAUCGCCCAAUGCUUGACGACCGGUCUUUUGCACAUGUUAUCAAGCGCAUCUUCCCGCAGCAAGCAGCAACUGCAGGAUAUUGCUGGGCCUGUUACAUGGGGUGUGUGAUCACGGAUGCCUGGUAUGGAUGGUAUCUCAACACAGUAGCCUGUGUGGCUUAUGGAGCUGUUGUCGUCGACACCGUCGUGUUGACGGCAGAGCGAAUUGUGCACACACGGCAGCCGAUUUUGAAAGGCUACAGCAUCAUCAUCAAAGAAUGCGUUUUCGUCAUAUAUACAUGCAUCUGGCUCAUGGGAAACUGGGGCUAUGCCAGCUCCUAUGCUUGCCAACGGUUCUAUUCGGUCUCCGACGUCAGCCUCAAGUCAACCAUGGCCUUCUUGAUGUUCUUUUUCUGGGCCAUCGAUGAUGUUGACUUCACAGGGAAGGUUGAGGAUGCGAACAAGGAGAAGACGAGCUGA